AUGCUUUGCAGGAGUCUUGUAGCAGUUUUGGUUGUUUUCCUGCGGGUUUCUGCCGCUAUAACAAGCUAUACGUCGUUCGGCACUAGCAAGUAUCGGGAGGCAGUCUCGAACGGGCAAGCAACGUCGCUGGCGCAGCUGGCAGUGAUAAGCGACGCACAGGAGCCUCUCAUCGUGUUCCAAUUUUUGAAAUUCGACCUUUUGGGCGCAAUCGAGCAACAAAAGUCCCAGGCUGGAUUUUUAACCGAACUUCUACAUAACACGGCGAAUUUUGAGAUUUUGGCACAAGACGAACUCUUGAAAGUUCCACCAGCUGGCGGUAAACAAUUUGUCGUGGCAGAAAUACCUGCUGCGCCCUCCGAACUAUUAUACGGCAACUUCCAAAAAAGCGAUAACUGCAUCGUCUUCCAGUUUACGAACACGGACUACGAUUUGGCACGUUUGGAUGAAUUUGCUGAGAUCGCAUUUGUGUUUUUGGAAGAAGAAUUGUCCAGCGCCGACAAUUUCGUUUUCCAACUUGGUGCCGAGAAAUCUUUCAAGGCACAAGCCAGAAACCAAGCUGAGUCCGAAGCCAUUGGUGUUUCGGAUCCUGAAGGAGACUCUAAACCCGUAUUGAGCUCUCUAUGGACGGAUGGCCUCAUCACCUGUUUGCUGGUCACGGGCCUUCUGAUCUGGAUUUUGGUCAUUGCCAUUUCCUGGAUCACCAGCUUGGAAAUCAGUUAUGGUGCGUUCCAAAAACCUUCAGAUCCAAUUAAAAAGACAAACUGA